UAAAAGUCGGGGGAAGCCCAUUCACGCGCUCUAGCGCUGGGUUUGACGUUACCGUGCGAGCGCGUUCCAUGGCAGCGGCAUCCGCAGCGGCAGGGAAUCCCUCCCCGAGAGUCGCCGCAUUCUGAGCGCUUUACGUUACAGAUCCGCGGCCUCCUUCCUUUCGGAUCCGCUUCAUGUGUCGCCUUUGCAGCAGUGACACCGGUGUCAUUCGGAGCGACUGAGAAGAACAUUGUCAAAGUGUUCUGUUGCACACAAAGGCUGCAUCCAGCAGGGGGAAUUAUAAGCAAAAAAAAAAUAAUAAUAAUAAAUAAAAAUAAUCCUUGAUGAGGUGCGUUUUCGGAUUUGGUGUAGAAGAUCAUUUUGUUCUUCUCCAUCCAGCGCUGUUAUUUUCGCCGGUCCUCGGGUAACUUUUGAGAGGACAGAAGACUAUUUGCUAUAACCUGACAUUUUUUUUUUUGAAGAAUAAAAAUUACAUUUUGCUGUGUUUUUGCAGGCAGCCGCCGUCAAGUGACUUCGAUAUGGCAUUAAGCGGUACGCUUUUGCCGUCAAUAUCUACGUUUGCUAGUAGUCCAACUGUCAAGAAUAAAUCGAAAGGACCGGGGUUAGCCAACUCAAGAUGGAAGGAAGAGCUCUCCUUUUUAAAGAGACCCUACACACCUUCAGGUGGAAGUUGUCCCGAUGAAGAGAUCCUGGCAGGACUGGCUAAAAAGGAGCCCGAAGACUUGCUGGACUAUGAUUUCAUCCUCUCCAACACAAUGCUACAGCAGCAACAGGAAACCAUCGCCAGCAACUCUCAAAACCUACCACCCUCCCCAGCUCCUUAUCAGCUCCCCUCUCCUCAGGGCACUUCUAGUGAUGUCCUCUACGCCAUCCCCGACGUCAAUGACAUGCCCCCCUCAGGGGGCUUUGUGGCAGAACUUAUGCGACCAGAUCUGGAUCCUGCAUACCUGCAACCAACCAGCGUACAUGGAAAGUUUGUGGUCAAAACUACCAUGGACAUAGCGGACUAUAGCCAGAACCACAGUGUCACUAAAACCAGCCCUUCUCUGGAGUCGUCUUUGCCCUUCGUUUGCAAUAGGAUAAAGAAGGAGAACCCUACCACUUGCACCAUUACCCAACCAAUAGAUCCACACCUUGGCAUUAACUCACACUCUGGGACUUGCCAAAGAGCCCAUCUUGAGCAUCACGCAUUUCCCCCCGGCCAUCCAAGGGUGGGCACCCGUCUAUCAGGAGAAGACAUACUAAGCAGAGACCAUCACCCCUCUUCUCAGGUUAUAAGUCACUCGCCAUUGCCUCUUCCCCAGAGCUACCAUGUCCCCGCAGGCUACCCUCCCUUCCAGCCGCCUCCAUCCUUGCAGUACCAAGGUCAGUCCUGUCUAAGUGUUUUUGAAGAACAUUUGUGCAUUCUCCAUUGCCCACCUGAGGCUAUGCUCACUCCACCCUCUUCACCCCUAGAGCUCAUGUCCCCGGCAGAAUCUUUGCCAGAAGAGCCCAAACCCAAGCGAGGGCGCCGAUCUUGGCCCAGGAAAAGAAUAGCCACACACACGUGUGACUAUGCGGGCUGCGGAAAGACCUACACCAAAAGCUCCCAUCUGAAAGCGCACCACAGAACUCAUACAGGAGAGAAGCCUUAUCACUGUGACUGGGAGGGCUGUGGUUGGAAGUUUGCCCGUUCAGAUGAACUUACACGCCACUACAGGAAACACACCGGCCAUCGCCCUUUCCAGUGUCAAAAAUGUGAGCGGGCCUUCUCCAGGUCAGAUCACUUGGCCCUGCACAUGAAACGGCACUUAUAAGACUACUCAGAAAGGUAAAACCUAAUGAAAUUUGGGACUUUAUACUGUGCACUGCCUUUGAGCUACGGCCAUGCGACACACGCUGACGUCAAUGACAAAACAACUGACAACUAGGGCUUGAAAAGCAGGUGAUGUCAUUGGCUUCCAGUGACCAGCAGAAGACUCUUGAGAUCUAUCAUUACUCCCUGGGACUUAACUGGAAUGAUUAUCCCGACGCAGACAAAACUUGGAGGACCAAGUGCCAAAGUAUGACUGGAAAUCUAUGAAUUUCAGGGGAAAAAAUACAAAAAGAUUACCAGUAACAAAGAGGCCUUCAACCUUCAUAAUUACAUCUCUCUUCUGGAACACACUGUGCAACAUUGUAUUAAAAAUCUAUUUUGUAUUGUUUUAACAGGCCAUUCAGUUUGGGUAAAAAAAUCAUUUAAAGUAAGUUACAAGAUGGUGCUUAGUGACUUGCGUAUUUAUGGUACCUAAGGAGGGGGCUAAGAGAGGAACACGGCGCAAAGUUCACCCAAACUCCACUGAAUGCUUUUGGGAAGCUUGGCCCUUUUUAAGUGCCAUAUGGAUAUCUGUGAGUUUCUUACAAAGUUUUAUUCCACAUGCUUGACAACAAUCAGGUGAAUGUUUUACUUCUAAGCAGUGAUGUCAGUUUUCACUACACUGUGGUUACAAAGUGCAAUAAUGUCUUAUAUGGAACAUUUUUGAGAGAAUAGUCUGAACAAAGGUUUUUAACACUAAAUAAUAUAAUCUGCUUAAUUUUGUAUAUUUGUAAAUAAAUGUUCUAUUGAAGCUGGAAUUUGUAUGUACAGUAUUAUCACAACACUAUGCAUCAAAUAAAACUUAUUUAAAUGUUGGUACAUUUUAA